UCUUGCGGGCCGAGGGCGAGGCAGCGAGAAGGGGCUCACGCACGCCGCGAGCCGCAGCCGGGCUUCCGCUUCCGGUAGCGGCGCCGGGGCCGGUGGGGGUCGGCCGGCCGGGUGCGACCAUGGCGUUCUCUGCCUUCCAGAAGGUGGCCAUGGUGUCGGGCCUCGUGCUGUGCGUCUCCCUGCUGCUGCCCAAGGCCUUCCUGUCCCGCGGGAGGAGGCCGGAGCCGCCGCCCGCGCCCUCAGGAAAGAUGGGUCGAUUUCCACCAAUGAUGCACCACCAAAUGCCUUCAGAUGGCCCAGCUGCUGGCACCCAUUUCCCCAGGUCUCACCUUGCAGAGGCAAUUGCAAAAACCAAAGGAUCUGGUGGCAGUGUGGGAGGUGGUGGUGGAAGAGGCCUUAUGGGCCAGAUUAUUCCCAUCUAUGGUUUUGGAAUUCUUCUCUAUAUCUUAUACAUUCUCUUUAAGCUCUCUUCCAAGGGGAAAACUACUGCAGAGGAACAGAAAGCCACCCCUGCUCUGCAUGGAAAUCCAAAUAGGAAGAUCACCAAUUAUGAGCUUGCUCAGCUGCAAGAGAAACUGAGGGAGACAGAAGAAGCUAUGGAAAAGUUAAUCAACCGCGUGGGACCAAACUAUGUGAGGGCACAGAACGUGACUUCGGACCAGGAAAAACGGCUAUUGCAGCAACUCCGAGAAAUCACCAGGGUCAUGAAGGAGGGAAAACUUCUCGACAGCCCCUCUCCUGAGAAGGAGGCCGAGGAAGCCCCUUACAUGGAGGACUGGGAAGGCUACCCAGAAGAGACGUACCCAGUUUAUGACCUUUCAGACUGUGUCAAGCGAAGGCCAGAUACAAUCCUAGUGGAUUACCCUGACUUGAACCAAACCUCUGCUGAAGAGAUAGCAGAAAGAAUGGGGGGGCUAGGGGAAGAGGAGGAUCAUUUGUGCUGUGAGAGUCUACCAGUUGACCUGGGUGAAGUCAGCCGGGACUGCCAAGCCCCAAAAGACAAGACUGUCAGUUUCAGUGACCAGGACAGAGUCCUGCCUCCAAGCCAGAAAUCAGAGUGCACUUGCUGUCCGCACGAAGAGGACGAUCCUGCCGUCAUAGCAGAGAACACAGUGCUCCCCUUGGACAGCAGCAGAGAGCCGGAGGAAACACACCUGUAUUCCACAGAGGCAGUGCUGGGAAACAGACCGGACAGGGCAGAGGAGAUGGGCACGUUAAGGAAACGGAACCUUCAGGGUUUUGAAUGAAUCAAGGCCGGAAGUCCAGAAGUUAACCCACUCGAUUGGGCCUCAGCCUUUGGCCCAGUGACCUGUGUAGCACCCCAUCAUCUCCUCCUCUGUGAGGCUGGUCCAGUGUAGCAGAUGACACCUUCCUCCAGGCCAUAUUUUUUGAUGACAUGCAGAGCAGUGCAGAGAUAGAUGUGAGGACAAGGGUGUCAUAGCUACACUCUUCCUUUUCCGGCUUCUCAGAAUAGUCAGUGCAUUCAGUAAUCAUUAUCUAUUAAUAAUUCCUAAUUUGCCUGCCUCUGUAGAGGAUAGGAAGCCAACCUGGAAGUAUAGCCCGUUCGUUCCGUCCAGGAGUAGCAGCCACAAGUGGCCUUCCUUGAGGUAGGCCGAAGUUGGCAGCAGCCAUUCAUGAAGAGUUUUAACUCCUGAACUGGGGCUUGCGCUCUGUGUGUGGGGCUCACCUCUACUUGGUUUCAUCCUGAGUGUACCUUCACCUCCCCCCUACCUUGGACCCUUAAGGUUCAGGAUGUUGGAUCUUCAGGGACCCCACUGCUGUCCCGUAGUCCACAAAAUGACUCGGAAAGUUAUUCCCAGAUAUGAGGGUCAAACACAUCUAGAUCAAGGAUGAUGUGGGAACAACAGCUGUGAAGAACGCUCCCUGGUACAUGCAGUUCUUGUGCAGUUUUUGAACAAGAUCAACUGAACAAUCAGAUUGUGUUGAUGACAUUACAGAGUAAUCAUUAUUUCUGCCUGGUUUGCACCUGGGUUCUUAAGGGUUGACUCUCCAAAUCUGACCCUAGUAACAGAUGUUUGCUGGUUGACUGACUGAACCUCACUGCAGUAACAACAAUCCAUUUGUAUAGUACUUCAAGGUUUAAAAAGCACUUUCUGGUAUACAGUAGUUAUCUUCAUUUUACAGCUAGAGCCACAGAAUGUUAGAGCUGCAGGCAACCUCAGCAAUUCUCUAAUCCAAUCCUUUCAAUUUCUAGAUGAGGAAAUUGAGGCCUAUGCAUGUGAAAUGACUUACCCAAUGAUCUCACUGCUAGUUAGUCUCAGAGGCUGCAACUCAAAUGUGGUAUUCUUGCUCCAUGUCUAGUACCCCAAGAUGAAGAGACUGAGGCUCCGAAAGGCAAAUGACUUACAUCUGAAGGUCACACAGUUAGGAUUUUAAUUGGAGUCUCUACCUUCAAAGUCCAGGGCUCUUUCCACUCUACCAUUUCAGCAGAUUCUCCCUUCUCUCCAUGCUAAUGAGUCAAAGGGCUCUCCCUUACCUGGGAGUACUUAGCCUUUCAGCCUACCAACUCUUACACAUGAAAAUUUUAUUUAAAUCUGCCAGCCCCCACUGCACUGUUAUAGGGAGGAAAAUAAGGCAAUAUGGAAAUGUGAGUUAUCUUUUCUUCAACUCUUAGAACAUGCUUAGGUCACUAGUAACCAUCCUACUGCCUGUCCAGGAAGUUUACUUUAAAAUUCCCGGCCUGGUGGCUUUGAGGCCUUACAUGAUAACUUAGCUGAUAAGGCAAGUGGGCUGUGGGGCAGGGGCACAUGAGAAUGUCUGUGAAGGGUUAGUAUCAACUUAGAAAAUUACCAAGGAAUGACAAGGAACAAAUGACCUUCCCCCUUCCAGGAAAGACAUAAACAGCAGUGUUGAAACAGUUAAGGUUUAAUUUGUUAGUUUGUUUUCUGUAUGUAGCCAAACACUAAUUCCUACACCAGACAUGUCAUUAUGAAAAUACCAAAUUAGGCAUUGCACAUACUGAUAAAUAAAUACAUUUGCUCAAA